UGGCAUUUGUAAUGUGUUGUUGUUAGUGGUGUUAUCAGUCAUUUUUGUAUUACGUAAUAAUCACAAAAAAUCUCAGUUGUUUAUAUCGACUAUCGCACCUAUAAUUUUAAUUAAUGAAAAGAAAUUAAAUUAUUUGAUAUUCUAUAUUUCUGUGAUAAGGAUUUUCAAAAAUGUUUAACGAAAUUAAAACGUUUAAAAUGCUAAUUCGAUUGCAAUAUACAACACCUCCAAGUCGUAUAGAAAAAUUCCGAAAACGACUCCAAAAAGGUCCAGCUUUAGAUUCAUUUUUAAGUAAAAAAGAAACAGAAAAUGUGGCAGAUGAAUGGGAGCAUUAUGAUGGUAAAAUUCGUAGAGCAAAAGGGGAAAGUGAGAGAUUACGUUUACCUCCUUGGCUGAAAACUGAGAUACCAAAAGGAGCAAACUACAGUCAUUUAAAAGAACAAUUAAGGUCGUUAAAGUUAAGCACUGUUUGUGAAGAAGCUAGAUGUCCAAACAUUGGUGAAUGCUGGGGGGGAGGGGAGCAUCGGACAGCUACAGCAACAAUAAUGCUGAUGGGUGAUACAUGUACCAGAGGCUGCAGAUUCUGUUCAGUAAAAACAUCAAGGGCUCCCCCACCUCUAAACCCUGAUGAACCAUUGAAUACUGCUACAGCUAUUGCCUCAUGGGCCUUGGAUUAUGUUGUUUUAACAUCUGUAGACAGAGAUGAUUUGCCAGAUGGUGGAGCUAACCAUUUUGCCAGUACUGUUAAAGAAUUAAAGAAACUGAAUGGUAAUAUAAUGGUGGAAUGCUUAGUACCUGAUUUUAGUGGAAAAUCUGAAUGUGUAAAAAUAAUUGCGCUCUCAGGAUUAGAUGUUUAUGCACAUAAUAUUGAAACUGUAGAAAGUCUCACUCCUUUUGUGAGAGACAGAAGGGCAAAAUAUAGGCAGUCAUUAUCAACUUUGGAAGAUGCAAAAAAACAUAAUCCAGAGAUAAUUACAAAGUCAUCGAUAAUGUUGGGUUUGGGAGAGACUGAUGCUGAAGUGGAACAGACUCUUAAAGAUCUAAAGAAUGCUGGGGUGGAUUGUGUCACCUUAGGUCAAUAUAUGCAGCCUACAAAGAGACAUUUAAAAGUUGUAGAAUAUGUCACACCUACCAAAUUUAAACAUUGGGAAAAUGUAGGAAAUGAAAUGGGUUUCCUGUACAUUGCAAGUGGCCCGUUAGUACGAAGCUCUUACAAAGCUGGAGAAUUUUUCAUAAGUAGUAUUUUAAAGAGUAAAAAACUAAGUUCAAUUUAAAGAAAGUAAGGAAUUGUAGCUAAUAUUUAGGUAAAAAUAAAGCACUAAUUUAAUAA